GGGAAAUUAAACACCAAUUCCAAAAACCGGAAUGAAAUCUAAAAUCAAACGUCAAAUUUUGGAAACCCCUCGUUUCCUUCUCGAGUACGUUAACGAUCCCUCUUCAAUAUUUCUUUUGAGUUUCUCUCACUUUCUGAAUUGGGGUUAUUUCACUGUCUAGGGUUUUUGCCGAUCAAAAUCCCUAAAUAUAUUCACGCAUAUAUGUGACUAUAUCUUUCUAUAUAACGUUAAUUUCUGGUGGAAUACACUGAGAAUUAUGACGAGAAGCGUGAGGAGAGAGCCGGAAGGUAGGAGUGAAGAGGAUGAGACGGAGCGACUCAGGACGGUGAAGCGUGAGAAGGUUGAUGGCGCCGGCCGAGUUGAGUCGGGGGGUGUCGAGUCGCCUAUGGAGACUCAAGGGAUAGCUGAACGAAGAAUUCUCCGCUCGAAGUACCUCGCUGUCAGGAACCAAAUCAACGAUGAAAAGGAUGAUCUAUCCCUGCCUGAUUCGGAAAAGUUCAUUAGUAUGAUGAAUAAAGUUGAGAACUUGCAUCGCCAAGUGCAGAAGCCAAGGGAACAAGUUGCAGAUGCAGAGGCAUUGUUGGACCUUGCAAACACCUUGGUGAUCUCUGUUAAGUCGCAGUCCAAUGAGGGUAUUACGUCGUCAGAAUUUGUUACUUGUUUGCUAACACAGUUUGGGCAAUCUAAUAUGACUGAAGAGAAUACCCAAAAUUUGAUCAAAUGGAAAGAUAUUGGCCUCCUGGUCUCUCCUGCUUUUAGAAAGUCAAAUGGGUGUUGCACCAUGCUUGGACCUAUGGAUACUGAACUAAAACAAAGAAAGCUCGUGGUCCAUAGAAAAAGAACACAGCCUACCACUGAAAAAUCUAGACCUGAAGAGAUUAAUGAUGCUGGUGCUGAAGAGAAGACAGAUACUGACAAGAACAUGUUCACAAUGUUUGGCAUCUUGAGGAGCAAAAAAGGUGUUAGCUUAGAAGGUCUGAUUUUGAAUAGGAGGUCUUUUGCACAAACAGUGGAGAAUUUGUUUGCUUUGUCAUUUUUAGUUAAAGAUGGUCGAGCUGAAAUAAUCGUUCAUGAAAAUGGUUCUCAUUUUGUAGCACCCAGGAAUGCUCCCGCUGCCAAUUCUGUUAAGUCGGGCGAGGUUGCAUACUUGCAUUUUGCAUUCAGAUUUGAUUUCAAGGAUUGGAAGUUAAUGAUGGAUGUAGUACCCAAUGGUGAGGAGUUGAUGCCACAUAGGGAAAAUUCCAAGUUAUCUUCUCAAAUGGAGCCACCUGCUCACAAUUCACAAGCAACCUUACCCACGACUCCGAUAAGGAAACUCACUCGAAAUCGUGGUCUAGUUAUACGAGAAGAGUCGGUUGUGGAGGACUCUCCUGAAGUUGAUGAUGGUACCGGAGGAACUGGGAUCCGUAGAUGUAAGAGAAAGCUCAUGUGAGUGAGAUGAUGGGGAGAGAUUAUUUUUAGAAUUUCAUCUAUGUGGUAGCAUGUAAUUUAGGAGUUUGUUGUAUAUAGGAGCUAUAAUCUGCAGUUACUCUACUUGUUUUGUUGGAUUUCUUAUGCUCAUCAGCGGGUGGUGCAUUUGUAGGCUUUGGUCAUCUUCAGACUUCAAAGAAUGUGCACCAUCUUUUGGACUUGACUUUUAGUUUUAUUAUGUGAACAUAGUUGAUAGCCUUUGCAUUA